GUCGCCCCUGCGGCCGGGGUCGGCCUCCGUUGACGUCAGCACGCCUCACGGGUUCCAGCCCCUCAGCCCGGCCCCCAACUACCGCGCGAGGCGGGCGGGGGCGGGUGCCGGCCAGUGGCGCUCUCCCGUCCGACCGCGCCAGUUUGAAUGAAAGCUCCUCAAGAUGGCGGCGGCCGAGGCGCGAGGAGCUUGGUGUGUGCCUUGCCUAGUUUCACUUGAUACUCUUCAGGAAGUAUGUAGAAAAGAAAAGCUCACAUGUAAAUCGAUUGGAAUCACCAAAAGGAAUCUAAACAAUUAUGAGGUGGAAUACUUGUGUGACUACAAGGUAGUAAAGGAUAUGGAAUAUUAUCUUGUAAAAUGGAAAGGAUGGCCAGAUUCUACAAAUACUUGGGAACCUUUGCAAAAUCUCAAGUGCCCGUUACUACUUCAGCAAUUCUCUAAUGACAAGCAUAAUUAUUUAUCUCAGGUAAAGAAAGGCAAAGCAAUAACUCUAGACAAUAACAAAGCUUUGAAACCUGCCAUUGCUGAAUACAUUGUAAAGAAGGCUAAACAAAGGAUAGCUCUGCAAAGAUGGCAAGAUGAACUCAACAGAAGAAAAAAUCAUACAGGAAUGAUUUUUGUUGAAAAUACUGUUGACUUAGAGGGCCCACCUUCAGACUUCUACUACAUUAAUGAAUACAAACCUACUCCUGGAAUCAGCUUAGUAAAUGAAGCUACCUUUGGUUGUUCAUGCACAGAUUGCUUCUUUGAGAAAUGUUGUCCUGCUGAAGCUGGAGUUCUUUUGGCUUAUAAUAAAAACCAGCAAAUUAAAAUCCCACCUGGUACCCCUAUUUAUGAAUGCAACUCAAGAUGCCAGUGUGGACCCGAUUGUCCCAAUAGGAUUGUACAGAAAGGCACACAGUAUUCACUUUGCAUCUUUCGAACUAGCAAUGGCUGUGGCUGGGGUGUAAAAACCCUUGUGAAGAUUAAAAGAAUGAGUUUUGUCAUGGAAUAUGUUGGAGAGGUAAUCACAAGUGAAGAAGCUGAAAGACGGGGGCAGUUAUAUGACAACAAAGGAAUCACAUAUCUCUUUGAUCUGGAUUAUGAAUCUGAUGAAUUCACAGUGGAUGCAGCUCGAUAUGGAAAUGUGUCUCAUUUUGUGAAUCACAGUUGUGACCCAAAUCUUCAGGUGUUCAAUGUUUUCAUUGAUAACCUCGAUACUCGUCUUCCCCGAAUAGCAUUAUUUUCCACGAGAACCAUAAAUGCUGGAGAAGAACUCACUUUUGAUUAUCAAAUGAAAGGUUCUGGAGAUAUAUCUUCAGACUCUAUUGACUACGGCCCAGCCAAAAAGAGAGUCAGAACUGUGUGCAAAUGUGGAGCUGUGACUUGCAGAGGUUACCUCAACUGAAUUUUCAGGAAAUAGAGCUGAGGAUAAAUGUAGUUUUGUUUUUUUCUAAUGUUAACAUUUUUAAAAAUAAAUAUUUGGGACUCUUUUCAUAUUAUGAAGAUGAUAUUCUAUGUUAAUUUACGAUUCCUGUUUCAAACUAUUGGCCAAAAUGCAUCAUUGAUGCUUCUGAAGAGAGGAACACAAGGCCACAUAGACCAAUUUGAAAUAUACCUAAUUAGUGGUUAGAUACCAAACAAGAAAGGAAAACUACUACAGGUCAGCAUAUACAUACUUAAGAAGUCUGUGUGAACAGAGAAAUGCCUUCUUCGGUGUUUAAGUGUUAAACUGAUAAUGUCACGAUCACUAAGAUCAAACAUUCAAUUUGCCAUAUACCUUGAAUUUAGAGAACUAGUAAAGUUCUAUUUUUGUUAUUAUGUUGUCAUUCUUGUUUACCUAUUUAUUACUAUAAAUAUUGUACUUGUAUUGGAGACAAAUAGGUGAGACUGAAUUAUACCCUGUUUUCUACUUCUUUCAUUAAAACAUAUCUUAAUGAUACUGAAAUUUAAGGUCUAAAAUUAAAUGUGAAAAAAUUACAGCUUUAUUUCAUAUUUUGAAGCAAUUUAGACCAUUAUUUGAAGGGUAUAUGUUUGAACCACAAUCCUAUAGAAUAAAAAUCUCCCAAAAGCUCUAAAAUUCUAGAAUAGUUGACCAUUAAUGCCUCUUGGAAAUGACACAGCACUGGGACCAGGAGGUUUUUGUUGGAGUAUCAGACACGGGAAAUGGGGUGCUUUCAGGGUCCUUUUCAAAGACAUGAAUUGGAGAUUCAUGUGAGUACUUCUGGUCCAAACAGUAAAACAAGAUACUCCUGAGAGCAGCUGUACUUAAUAUAACAUCAACAUACACUUUCUGAGUAUCAGGCUGUUUUGAACAUUUCCUUUCUACCAAAUUUAACUAUUUUUAUAUUUCCUGCAAGCUCUUCUUUAAAAGUAAUCUAUAUUUUGAACUGAUACCUAUUUUAUAUGUGAGUUUUUAAAAUGUGACAAAGCUAAACUUGGCUUGGCCAAAGUGUGUGCCUGAAUUAUGAGACCAUUUAUUACUUGAACUGUGAAGACUGAAAUGGAAUAUAUUCAUUGUUGGUUUUGUUUAUUUUCCUGAAUAGUAAAACCUCAAAACUAUGUUUUCAUCUCUUUCUGAUUCUGGGUUUUCUAAUCUGGGUUUUCUUUGUGAUUCUGGGUUUUCUAAUCAUGGUGUUCAACAUAAAAGUAAAGGCAGCAAAUAAGUCUAGCUCUCGGUAUUUCUAAGCUCAUUGCCCUAGGCUUUAAUGGCCUAAAAUAAGCUUUAGUAAAAUUGAACUGACUUCAAGAAUGCAGCAUUUCAAAUAUUUUUUUUUCAAAAAAUAUUUGUAUUUAAAAUAUCUUCUUAAUCCCUAACCUCUUUUUUGGGAGAAGCUACUUUUCAUUAUUAUAUUGUUAUUAUGACUUUGCUCUUUCAUAAUACAGGGUAAAUUGUUUACAUGUUUAGAACUUCAGAGUAUAUUUGCUAACCAAAAUUUGCAGAAGGUGUGAAAAAAAAA